AUGGAGCGUUGGAGAGCAGAAAGCGAAUCCACCGAGGUAGUAAUUGGUACAUUGGAGAGUGAAACUCAUUUCUGCACUUCUCCAUCGUCUUUAGCUCGACAUUUCAACAGCAAACAAAGCUCCACAGUUUAUAAUAAUGAUAAUUUCCCAUCUAAUGUAUUGCGUAGUCUGAAUACCUUCCGAAAAGACGAACGUUUCUGUGAUGUGAUUUUGAUGGCAUCAUUGAAACCAGAAGAUGGUGCAGAAAGCGAUGGAAGUCGGGAUGUCAAAAUUGUAGCCCAUCGUGCUGUACUUGCUGCAGGAUGUCCAUAUUUUAGCGCAAUGUUUAGUGGUGCAAUGAAGGAAUCAAAACAGGAAAACAUAUUUCUGAAGGGAAUCGAUGGAACAUCACUGCUUGCUCUCAUUGACUAUAUGUAUUCUGGUCGCCUAACAAUCAAUGAGCAAAACGUACAAAGCCUUCUGACAACUGGAUCAUUGCUUCAGAUGGCAUGUGUGCGUGAUGCAUGUUCCAGAUUUCUUCUAGAGCAAUUGGAUCCAUCCAACUGUCUUGGCAUUGCAAACUUUGCUGUAGCGCAUGGUUGCACACAGCUUGCACAUGCUGCCACUACAUUUGUUCAGCAACAUUUCAAUCAUGUGGUAAAAUGUGAUGAAUUUUUGGCUCUCAGUAAACAUCAGGUGGUCGAAAUAAUCUCAUCAGAUCAUUUAACAACUACGGGUGAAGACAAGGUUUAUGAAGCAGUUGUACGAUGGGUAAUGCAUGAUAUCUUGAACCGCAGAGAUGCAUUUCCAGACCUUAUGGCACAUGUUCGCUUGCCAUUGCUACCGCGUGACUAUUUAACUGAUAAAGUCGAUCCAGACAUUUUGGUUCGACAGAGUUCAGAAUGCAAGGAUUAUCUUUUGGAAGCUUACCGUUAUCAUUUAAAAGAUGAGCGUGGCGAAGAAAAUGAACGUAGCCGUCCGCGGCAGCCAAUUCCAUUAUCGAAGCUUAUAAUGCUCAUUGGUGGUCAAGCGCCUAAGGCUAUUGCCAAUGUUGAUGUAUUCGAUUUGGAUGCUUUACGAUGGAUGCCGUUAAAUGCUUUACCACAACGUCGCUGUCGCUGUGGUGUCGGGGAGCUGAAAGAUUUCGUUUAUGCGGUUGGUGGAUUUAACGGGUCGUUACGUGUAAAAUCUGUAGAUGCCUAUGAUGUACACACUGAUAGGUGGUUCGCUGCACCGCCGAUGGAUGCAAGGCGUAGCACAUUAGGCGUGGCAGUCAUCGAUCAGUUGCUAAUAGCUGUUGGUGGAUUCGACGGUUCAACUGGACUGAGCUCUGCCGAGGCAUUCGACCCUCGCAAUGGCCAGUGGAUGCCUCUUCCGUCGAUGACCGUACGUCGUUCAUCGGUUGGAGUCACAGCGCUUAAUGGUAUGGUGUAUGCUGUGGGUGGCUAUGAUGGAAAUACUAGAAACUGCUUAGACACAGUUGAAAUUUAUGAACCACGGGUAAACCGAUGGCGAUCUGGACCAACUUUAAUAUCUAAACGUUCUGGUGCUGGUGUUACGGUUGUUGGAGAUCGUCUUGUCGCUGUUGGAGGACAUGAUGGUCCAGUGGUUAGAGAAACAGCCGAGAUCUUAAAUGGUGACUCCUGGACACUUUUACCGGAAAUGAAUGUAUGUCGUCGCAAUGCAAGUGCUGUAGCACUGGAUUCAAAUUUAUUCGCAAUCGGAGGUGACGAUGGAACAUCAAAUUUGAGUUCAAUUGAAGUUUUAAAUAUUUCGUCGCUGGAACAACAACCCUGGACUCAUCUUAGUGUAUCAAUCAACCAACCGAGAUCGUACGCUGGAGUAGCGCUUCUACCGAAAGUCGCAUGA